AGGAGCUCGCCUAAAAAUGUAUUAACCAAUCAAAAUCACGUAAUUCUUGUCACGUGAUUUUUCCCCGAAGAAGUCGUCGAGGAAGACGAAGAGAAAUCUUCUACAACGGCACAGUCAGCUGCCGAAGGUCUUGUUGACUAGUCACUACGUCCCAUUCUUCUCAAGGUAGUUGCAGUUAAAACUAGACACAAACAUGGCCGACGAUGAGAGAAAACGCAUCGAGGAUGAAAAGAAGAGGAAGCAAGCGGAAACCGACAGAAAAAGGGCGGAAGUCCGCGCCCGUCUUGAGGAGGCCUCAAAGGCGAAAAAGGCCAAGAAAGGGUUUAUGACACCCGACAGAAAGAAGAAGCUCAGGUUGUUGUUACGUAAGAAAGCUGCUGAAGAAUUAAAGAAAGAACAAGAAAGGAAAGCAGCUGAAAGGAGGCGCAUUAUUGAAGAAAGAUGCGGGAAACCAAAGAACGUCGAUGACGCUAACGAAGCAUGCGUUAAGUCAAUCAUAAAGGAGUAUUAUAAGAGGAUCGUCGUCCUGGAGGAGGAGAAAUACGACCUUGAAUUUGAAGUCACCAAGAAGGACUUUGAGAUUUCCGAUUUGAACAGUCAAGUUAACGACCUCCGAGGUAAAUUUAUGAAACCAACAUUGAAGAAAGUUUCUAAAUACGAAAACAAAUUCGCCAAAUUGCAAAAGAAGGCAGCCGAGUUCAACUUCCGCAAUCAACUCAAGCAGGUUAAGAAGAAGGAAUUCACCCUUGAGGAAGAAGACAAGGAGAACGCGUCAAAAGACAAGAAGAAACCUGACUGGUCGAAGAAGGGCGAAGAUAAGAAGUUGGAGCCGCCACCAUCAGUUGAGCUACCGACGCCAACACCUACACCAUCCCCGGCGCCACGAGAACCAACGCCAACACCAUCACCAACGCCAACACCAACGCCAACACCAACGCCAACGCCAACGCCUACACCAACUCCCGAACCACCAGUUGUCGCGCCACCUCCGGAACCAACACCAACGCCAUCACCUGUACCUCCAGAAGCGCCACCUGCAGACGCAGCUCCAUCGGAAGGAGAAGCGCCACCUGCUGAGGCAGCGCCACCUACCGAAGGAGCGCCACCUGCCGAAGGAGCGCCUCCAGCCGAAGGAGCACCACCAGCGGAAGGAGCGCCUCCUGCAGAAGGUGCGCCAUCAGCAGAAACUGCACCUCCGGCAGAAUCAGCGCCACCAGCUGAAGGAGCGCCUCCGGCUGAAGGAGCACCACCCGCAGAAGGAGCGCCCCCAGCGGAAGGGGCACCCCCUGUGGAGGGAGCAGCACCUGAAGCAGCUCCAACGGAAGGAGCGCCACCUGCAGAAACACCAGCGCCUGCAGCUGACGCUCCUCCUGCAGAAGCAGCUCCCGCGGAAGUUCCUCAGGGACCUGCUCCUGAACCUGCGUCUGUUGAAGCGGCAGCUUCGUAACUCCUUGCUCAAGAUUGAUGGUGGACACUUCCAUGUUUUAUCGCCAGUUAACUUUGCAAUGCUGCUUAUAUUGUAUAUACUAUCUGACAUAAAGUAUAUGGAUAUGCAUUGAAUACAUCAUACUUCCGGUACAAGCCUUUAAUUACCAGUAUACAUAUGACAUUCGUCCCUAAAUUACAAUCAAACUUUUAAUAUUGUCAUUAUCAAUUAUAUAUUAUUAUUAUUAUUAUUAUAUAUAUAUAUAUAUAUAUAUAUAUAUCGUAUUGUCGUCAUCGUUGUCGUCGUCGUCGUCGUUACGCAUUUCAAUGCUCAUGUCAUUAAUAAAUAAAAAAAAAUAAGAGAUCUAUACACUAUUUAACAUAAUUAGUGUUUUUCGAAAUGUAUUAAUUUUCAAUAAACUUACGAAAAAUCAA